UAUGACGUCAGGGCUAGAUUUGAAGGAGAAGGAUGAGGGGAAAACUGGAAGAUAAAACAGAGCUGAUGAUUACAUUCAUAUUAUAUUAAAAGCAUUUAUCUUCCUGAUUAAAAUGCAUUCACUUUUAUGAAGUCUUUAUGCGGGAUCGUGUGCAAAGCGUGCAUGUUUGUCUGUGUCAACAAGGCUGAGGGUCCGGCCUUGGUGGGUUGCGUCAACGCGCGCCUCUGGCUGCUCUGUGGAGUUGGUAAAUAAGAUCUGACCUCGUGGUGGAGAGAGAGAGAGAGAGAGAGACGAAGUGGAUUAAACGCUGUCAGCCUCAGCUGCAGGAGGACCAGCAAACUACCUGCAACUCCUGCUGCUAGCUAACCGUGUCCGGUGAAAAGACCCCCCCGUGACCCUGCUCUUAUAGCUUUACCCAGCAAUAAAGUGAAUCGUUGACCUCUUGUGGAGGAGAAACAAGCGGAGACCUUGCACGACAGCUGUUGUCCAUCAUGGCGGGCGAUAUGAUGUUACUGAUGCGAGGUUUGGCUAAGUUGAGCCAGGCGGUUGUCGAGACACAGAGCAGCAUGGUGCGCAAUGGAACAGGAGUCCCAGGAGUCGCUGCUGCAGUUCAAAGUGUCCAGUCGGCUGCAGAGCAAGGCCUCUCUGCUGCUAUGAUGACAAUGCAGGAGCUGUCUGGCCAGCAGCAGACCUCUUCAUCAGAGUCAGAAUUUGACUUCCCUCAGAGUGACAGUGAGUUCGCAGCUUCAGAGUUCAAGGAGGAAGGUGUCAACUUUACAGUGGAUCAAACAGGAGGUAGUGAUGAUGCAGGAGCCCAUCACAGCACAGCAGCAGCAGGAGCGAGCCGUACCAGUGGGAAACAGUCGUUGUUCGAGGGAUACAAAGAUCCCAGCAAACAGUUUAGUGGAAACACCAGAUCUUACCACCAAGAUGCCAGACAUUUCAUUGGACAUCACCGUCUCUACAACCACAGUCUGAACAGGCAUUUGUGGGGACAGCCAUACUGUGAGCAUCAGGUCAGUCACCUCAGGAGCUACCAUCAGGACCCGUCCACAGUUGGAGGGCUGACGGCCGAAGACAUCGAGAAAGCAAGACAGAGCAAGAGGGCUGAGAUGAAACCACACAAACAGAUGUUGAGUGAGAGAGCCAGAGAGAGGAAAGUACCAGUGACUCGGCUUGGCAGACUGGCCAACUUUGGAGGUCUCGCUGUGGGUUUGGGUAUUGGAGCACUGGCAGAAGUUGCCAAGAAGACCAUCAGACACAACGAUGCAGCAGGUGAACAUAAGAAAGGAGUUCUGGACUCCAGCCCCUUUCUGUCUGAGGCCAAUGCCGAGCGCAUCGUCAGGACGCUGUGCAAAGUCAGAGGAGCUGCAUUAAAACUGGGACAGAUGCUCAGCAUUCAAGAUGACGCGUUCAUCAACCCUCAACUUGCCAAGAUCUUUGAGCGUGUAAGACAGAGUGCUGACUUCAUGCCAAUCAAACAAAUGACAAAAGCGUUGAACAGCGACUUGGGUCCCAACUGGAGAGACAAGCUGGAAUCGUUUGAGGAGCGUCCAUUUGCAGCGGCGUCCAUCGGUCAAGUUCACCUGGCGAGGAUGAAGGAUGGCAGGGAGGUGGCCAUGAAAAUACAGUAUCCCGGUGUGGCUCAGAGUAUCGACAGUGACGUCAACAACUUGAUGGCGGUGCUGAAUAUGAGCAAUGCCCUGCCUGACGGUCUUUUUCCAGAGCACCUGAUAGACGUAAUGAGGAAAGAGCUUGCGCUGGAGUGCGAUUACGUUAGAGAAGCCCAGUGUGCAAAGAAAUUCAGGGAGCUAUUGAAGGACCAGCCGUUCUUCUAUGUACCAGAGGUGAUAGAGGAGCUGAGCAGUAGCCAUGUCCUGACCACAGAGCUCGUCCCCGGGUUUCCCCUGGACCAGGCCGAGAACCUCUCCCAGGAGCUGAAGAACGAGAUCUGCCAGAACAUCUUGGUGCUGUGCCUCAGGGAGCUCUUCGAGUUCAGGUACAUGCAGACUGAUCCGAACUGGUCCAACUUCUUCUAUGAUCCACAGACACACAGGGUGUCGCUGUUGGACUUUGGAGCCACAAGAGGAUUUGAUAAGAGUUUCACAGACGUCUACAUAGAGAUAAUCCGUUCAGCUGCAGAGGGCGACAGAGAGGGAGUUCGGCAGAAGUCUGUGGAGAUGAAGUUCCUGACUGGGUAUGAGUCUAAGGCAAUGAUAAAUGCCCAUGUGGACGCGGUGAUGAUCCUCGGCGAAGCUUUCGCCUCCACGGACACCUUCGACUUCGGCUCCCAGUCCACCACAGAGAGAAUCCACAACCUCAUCCCUGUGAUGCUGAAACAGCGGCUCACCCCGCCUCCCGAGGAGACGUACUCCCUCCACCGCAAGAUGGGCGGCUCCUUCCUCAUCUGCUCCCGCUUGAAUGCGAAGCUGCUCUGUAACGACAUGUUCCAGACAGCAUAUCAGAAGUACUGGGAAGGCCGCACACGGCCGCCCUCUCACUCAGCCUAAACCAACCCCCAAGUAUCAGGCGAUUUGAUGGACAGAUCCUGGGGCCAACAGGAAAGUGCAUGUCGGGGGGGUGUGAAGGCGCAGGACUGCAGAGCGAAGGCCACGUUAGCCCGCCCUGAACUGGUCAUAGAGCACCAGCUUAUCUUUUCCAUAUCAGACAACCCACUAUGAUGAGUUUUGAAAGGCGCUUAUAAAUAUUUACAGCCACCAUUUCAUGUUUGAAAGGGAGCAGCAACAUCUGGAGGUCAGGCCAAACUCUAGAUGGCCCUGAGAGGACAGCCUGAGAAGAGCUGGGAUGUGGGUGGAAGCAGAGACGCAGACAUCCUUGCACAUUCAGGUGUAUAAUGAAUGUAAAAAAGGUUGGAAUUUGAUCUCUCCUCUGAUAUUUUCAACAUUUUUCUUGCAUAUUCUUGCGUUUUGUGUUGCUGUGUUUUGCUGAACCUUUGGAAAAUCACACCAACCGUCCUGUCUGCUAGAAACGUCAGGGGUGAAACCAUGAAACAUUGAUUGUAUUAAGGAAGAGGACUGAAUUCUCAAUGUACAGGCACAAAAUCAUGAGGUUAGCACAGUAAAGGCGCAGCAUGAGUCACAGUAUAGACCAGGACCAACAUGUCUGGGUCACAGAUAUUUCAGUUUGUGUUGCUUUUAAAUGAAGUUUGACUAGAUUGUCUAGCUAUGAAUAUUAAGGCCUGGUCUAAACGUAGACAGCAAAAUAAAUGUAGCACUUUUGAUAAACUGAAAGUUUUUCAGAUACAGAUUCUGCGUCCAAGUCACGAUGUCGCCAAGCAGGUCAGUUUUUAUUUUCGGUCUCACUGUAGCCAGAUUUCAAUUGCUCUUUAUAUCUUUUAGCUUUUUACGGAGAAAUCUGUGCAGAACGCUCAAACGAUCAGUCUGUCUCAAACUGACCAUGAACAUGACAUUCAGGAUCUAUGAAUGAACCUCAGGCGACAGUGUGAUUUUACUCAGUUUGUGUCUGAUGAUGCAGGUCUGUAGAGCUUCUGCUGUACAUUCGUCUCAUCUGAUGAUUGAUCUUCAGUGUCCAUGUGGGUCAGAUUUAGCUGAAUUCCAAUUGAUAGCAAACAAAAGUUUUUAUUUUUAGUACCAAAGCAUGAUUUGUGUCUAUUCAACUGUUAGUAGGAGAUUGUAAAAACAUAUAGAAAUGAAACCAUAUGGAUCCAUUUUGCUGACUGUAAGAAGCUGGGGGCUGGCAGGAAGCUCGACUAGGCUUAGUCAUGAAUGUUAAUGAACCACUGAGAUGGAAGAAGCUCGUCCUGAUAUCACACAAGCUCCAGCUCUUGGGCUCACCUUGCCUCUCACAUGUCGGUAAUCUCUCCACACCUUCUCGGGUGUGAAAUCCUCCGUCACCUGGCUGGUGUGUGGCUGUGAAAUUCUCUCUUCUCUGCUGUGUGAAUGCAGUUAUUUUUGGUCUCGCGGAGUGAAGCUGGCAAAAAGAAGAAAAUAAAGAAAAAGCACGGUGCCUGUAGUUUCCAGUGGAAGGUUUUUAGCUCAGAAUCCUGACUUUAUAUGACAUAUCAAGACUCAGAGAAAAUGUGGUUUAACUUUUGUAAUGGAAAUGCAUUCUUUAUUGAAAGUUGUGAUAAAGGUAUGGAAAGAGUAAAUGUUUGAUCUAU